CUCGAGAAGAUGAAAAUUAUGAUGGGUCUGUUUUUCCUACACAUAAUUAAAACUGUGCUAGUUGAAGAAAUAGUGGAUACUACAGUAACACUCAGAAAAAGAAUGACUUUGGACUGCAUGUAUUCCGGCAAAGAAACUAUAUUACAGAGUUCCUGGUUUAAAUUGAAUGGAUCUUUUGAAGAACAACUGUGUGCGUUCCAUAUGAUUCAUGGGAAAUACUUCUCAGAAAAGUACAAGGGAAGAAUGUCAUUUGUGGUUGAGAACUUCUCAUCGGACAUGUCUAUAAUAUUGACAGAAACAGCAAAAGAAGACAUUGGCAUCUAUUUCUGUUACAUCGCUCUCUUUCCAAAAGGUACAGUGAGAAAGGUCAUAGCAGUGCAAGCAGAUGAUUUUGGCAAAAUAAUACCCUCAGCGAAUCAGAUAUUUGCCGAAAACACAACUAUUUCAUUGAAUUUCCAGUAUACUUUGGGAGGAGAUGUGAAAAAAGUGACUUUGGAAAAAUUUAAAGAUGUGAAGAUGGACACUAUUGUUUUUUGUGAAAAGCAAAUGACUAGCAGAACAAAGGCGACAUAUGGAUUUGAUUUCAUUAACCGUGCUAUUGUGAACUGUUCCAUACUGCAGAACAUUACCAUGUUUAUCUAUCAAGCUGCUAGCAUGGAUAAAGGUCUUUACAAAUGUCACUUCAAUGCAGGGAAUCAAAGCCAAACCAUUGCAGUGAAUGUGUAUCUAAAGAAAGGGAUUUCUCCACUUUACACUGUUGUUCUAAUGUAUGGGGGAUCUUUAGUUGUUAUCAUAGUGAUCGUCUUUACAGCAACUAUAUGUGUUAUAAGGAAAUGGAAAUACAAGUGCGGAGUGAAUACACAACCAACACCUACUUUCAAUUCAACACAUUGUCCUAUUUAUCAGAAUAAAAGUGACAUAAAGGUUGAAGAGCACAUUUAUGCCAACACAGAGUAAACCAUGAGAAGAUAAACAAUGGUGGAUGGACAUGGUAGAAAAGAGUUAUAUAUACAGUACAUGAGGAGUUGCAGAUAUUCCAAGUUGUGUUGCCAGAAUAUAUCAAAAGCUAUAGAUUUUCUCAAAUUUCUUUAACUCACCAACCAUCAGAAUACACAAUUUAGAAGUACUGAUUUGAUAUAACCAUCUGGAAUAUUAUUGUGGGUUAUGACUUUGGUGUCAAAUAGCAGUUAUGUAAUUCCCGUCUGUCAUCUGCUGCAUCUUACAUUUACACCUUUUCUAAACUGUCAUUUUAAUCAGGUACAUUUUCAACUAUAGUUGUGUGAUGUUUUUGAAUCUCCUAAAAUGUGUUAUGUAUCUAAGGUUCUGUCUUUUAUAUGCUGGAACCUGAUUAAAUGCUUGAAGAUAUGCUUGUUAUUGUGUUGUAAAUAUUAUAUUUUAGAUGUUUCAUAAUGUCAUUUUACUAUUAGUCAACUGGACAUGUUAUCAUCAUUAGACCUACACAAAGUUAAAGCACCACACAAACAAUAAAUACUGACUUGUACUACUUCCAGCAAUCUGACUGUGCUUCAGUGGUCAGAUAAUUCUCCUCAGAAGUGUUGGCUGGUUGCUUGGAAGAGUUGACUGUACAAAAAAACAUUACUUGGAAGUAAUGCAUAAGUGAUUAUGCCCUUUUAUGCCCAUUGCAUGGAUGGUCUGAAGACUACAUAGAGCCAAUCACAGUGUGAUUGAAGAGCCAACCAUCAUUUCCAGCUCAGAAGGUACUGGGGCACCAAUUGGGAUGAAAACAAUAGUAUGAUGCCCUCACUGUUCUGAGAACAUACCACUGUGGAAAAUGAAAUGAACAUAAUAGGAACAUUACCCAAGACAUCAAUAAUGGGAGCUGAAUAGUUCUAAAUAUGAGUUAUGGCUUCUGUUGUGCUGAUUCAGUGUUGCCUGAGAUACUGUAUAGUGACUGAAAUAUUCUGUUUGUCUAAUGCUAGUUGGUCCCUACCAAACCAGGGAGACAUCAGUCUUGUCCACAGUCUUGUUGGCAUGAUUAGAAGAAAUUAUUGAGAUUGCAGAGCUAGAUGCUUCACCCGGAGAAGAGCAACUAUGACUGUAAUUUAGAUGGGCUGUAGCGUUUCCUAUGUAUUGCUAAGUUUGCAGUGUUAUGACAACCAUUUAAUAAAAGUGUUAUAGCCACACUUAACUGGCAUGGUCAGAUUUCAUGCAACUGCGCCAUCCCACCCUGUCCCCCCCGUUUUUGACGAGGAGAUCCGUUCUGCAGAUGUGCAUAAUAUAAUGUUUAAAUAUUUAAAAAAAUACUUUUUCAACUUUAUUAAAUAAAAUAAAUUUUAAAAAACAAUGUUGUUAACGCUUUUGAAGGGAAAAAUCGUCAGUUAAGUGGUUAAGAAAUAUGUCAAAGUCAUUACAUUUGUAGACACCUACCUAGGUGGUGAUCUGUGCCCAUGGUUACCAGUAAUGGGAUGGAGAUAUGGGUGUACUGGAUACCAAAAGUGUCACUAUACUGUACCUGUGUUUGAGCUUGAAAGUAGUUUUGUGCAAGUAUUCAGGUUUGUUUAGUUAGCCAGGCACUAAUGUAUUGAAACAGGAAACAAAAAGACGUGGCACUCAAGAGAGGUCAGUGUAUGAGAAAGUGACUCAUAACAAUUAACUGUAGCCCUGCAGCCAAGUAGUGCUAUUGAAGAAUUUGACAAUUUUUCCAAGUAACAAUAAUGAAAACCACAAAAACUACUGCUGCCAAGAUACAGGAAAUAAAGGGUGCAGUACAAACAUAUGAAUCAAUAAUGGUAAAAAUAUGGCAUAAAAAUACAAUAUGAGCUACUGUAUAUACACGCUUUCACAAAUAUAACCAAUUACAAAUAUUUUUGUUUUGUUUUUGGUCAUAUCUGCAUAGGAGUGUAUAUCACUCAUAUUGUACAGUAAUUUUUAUUUUUUAUUAAACUUGUCUUAUUUUUACAAUUAUUGGUUCUUAUGUUUGUACAUCAUUUAUAAGACCAGGAAUCUCACUCCAACCAUACAGGCAUGCAUAUACUGAAAAUCUAAAACCCAUUAUUUCAAUGUCUUGCCUACUAAAACUUUUAAAUCACCCAUUUCAUUAAAACGUUUUCAUUAUUCCCCUAACAUACUGCUCAACACUACGUUAAAGAUACAAUCUAUGAGGGUUUAGAAACGUAUCAAUUAGAGUGACAAGCACAGCAAGCUAUUUCAGUAAGAUACAGUAAUUCAGUAUUUUAGCAAUGAAACAAAGAUCAGGGUAGGUGAAACCCUUCUAUGCUUGCUGACUAGUGUUGGACAUUGACAAGAGAUGCCCCAAAACAGGAGUACAAACAACAAGGAAAAGGGAAAAAGAAAGCACUAUCAUGAAUAGGCUACUACAGUAUUUAAGAUAGUUCCUUCAGUUACUGUAAAUUGUUUUGCUUUGUAUACUUAUUUGCAAUUUAAUUUUGUGUUCUUAUUCACAAAUGUUUGAAUUGAAACAACUGUUAUUAAUGUUAUAUCAGAAAAUAUCAGACUAUUUUAAAACUGC